AUGUUCAGGACGAAACGCUCAGGUCUUGUCCGGAGACUCUGGAGAAGCCGUUUGGUCCCAGACCGAGAGGAGGACAAUGGGAACGCUGCUGACAGUGACGAGCUGUGCGGCUCCAAUCCAGAGAAGAUUCCCAAAACGGAGUUCAGAGCGAUGACCCCCAGCGGCUCUCCUGUGGGGCCCGUGGGGGAGGACCAGGGGGGCCCGGACCGCGACAGCAGGACCGUCACGUGCUGCUUAUUCUCAGACAGGGACCACUCCGUCUCUGGGGACCCGGGCCAGUGCCAGCUCACCCGGGUCAGUCCGCAGGAGGCGCAGCAGGCGAUGCCACGGGCACCGCUGGAGCAGGAGCUGAAAGCCGCCGCUCACUGCCUCCUGAAGCGGCUGAAGGAACGGGCUCUGGACACGCUGCUGGAGGCGGUGGAGUCCCGCGGGAGCGUGCCCAGUGAGUGUGUGAUGGUGUCCCGGACAGACGUGCGCCUGGCCGGGCACGCUGCGUCACCGCUGCUGCUUGUGUGUAAACUGUACCGCUGGGCAGACCUGCAGCACCAGGCCCAGCUCAAACCACUGUGUGAAUGCACAAGCUUCGGGAUCCAGGACUGUCCCUCCGUGUGCUGCAACCCCUAUCACUACAGCCGCCUGUGUGGCCCAGAAUCACCUCCACCUCCAUAUUCAAGGCUAUCCCUGAAAGACGACCACAAACCUCUGGAUCGCUCGGACUCCACGGUGUCGUACUCGGAGAGCGAGCCGGCAAGUUCGCCCAACAGCUCACCGGGGGAGUUCUCAGAGGAGCCAGUGGAAGUUCACCUCUUUCCGCCUCAGGAUCAGAAAUCCCCUCAACAGGCCUCUCCCAAAGACCUGAGACACAUGUCAGAGGGUCAGGAGCAUAGGUUAGAGAGUCAGGAGCCCAGGUCAGAGGGUCAGGAGCCCAGGUCAGAGAGUCAGGAGCCCAGGUCAGAGAGUCAGGAGCCCAGGUCAGAGGGUCAGGAGCCCAGGUCAGAGGGUCAGGAGCCCAGGUCAGAGGUUCAGGAGCCCAGGUCAGAGGGUCAGGAGCCCAGGUCAGAGGGUCAGGAGCCCAGGUCAGAGAGUCAGGAGCCCAGGUCAGAGAGUCAAGAGCCCAGGUCAGAGGGCCAGGAGCCCAGGUCAGAGGGUCAGGAGCCCAGGUCAGAGGGUCAGGAGCCCAGGUCAGAGGGCCAGGAGCCCAGGUCAGAGGGUCAGGAGCCCAGGUCAGAGGGUCAGGAGCACAGGUCAGAGGGUCAGGAGCACAGGUCAGAGGGUCAGGAGCCCAGGUCAGAGGGUCAGGAGCCCAGGUCAGAGGGCCAGGAGCCCAGGUCAGAGGGUCAGGAGCCCAGGUCAGAGGGUCAGGAGCACAGGUCAGAGGGUCAGGAGCACAGGUCAGAGGGUCAGGAGCCCAGGUCAGAGGGUCAGGAGCCCAGGUCAGAGGGUCAGGAGCCCAGGUCAGAGGGUCAGGAGCCCAGGUCAGAGGGCCAGGAGCCCAGGUCAGAGGGUCAGGAGCCCAGGUCAGAGGGUCAGGAGCACAGGUCAGAGGGUCAGGAGCCCAGGUCAGAGGGUCAGGAGCCCAGGUCAGAGGGUCAGGAGCCCAGGUCAGAGGGUCAGGAGCCCAGGUCAGAGAGUCAGGAGCCCAGGUCAGAUGGUCAGGAGCCCAGGUCAGAGGGUCAGGAGCAUAGGUCAGAGGGUCAGGAGCCCAGGUCAGAGGGCCAGGAGCCCAGGUCAGAGGGUCAGGAGCCCAGGUCAGAGAGUCAGGAGCCCAGGUCAGAGGGUCAGGAGCCCAGGUCAGAGAGUCAGGAGCCCAGGUCAGAUGGUCAGGAGCCCAGGUCAGAGAGUCAGGAGCAUAGGUCAGAGGGUCAGGAGCCCAGGUCAGAGAGUCAGGAGCAUAGGUCAGAGGGUCAGGAGCCCAGGUCAGAGGGUCAGGAGCCCAGGUCAGAGGGUCAGGCCCUGAGUAACAAACAGAAUCUGUGGUAUGUUAGUGUUGGUUCAGAGAGGCUCCUGAGCGGCUCCUGA